AUGGCUAUCCAGACUGUGAUUUGCAUUGGAAUGGCGGGGUCCGGGAAAACCACGUUUAUGCAGCGUCUAAAUUCCCAUUUGCAUGCUGCCAAAUCACCUCCAUAUGUUGUUAAUCUGGAUCCAGCGGUUCUGAAUGUGCCAUACGGCGCCAAUAUUGAUAUCAGGGACUCAGUGAAAUAUAAAAAGGUGAUGGAAAACUAUAAACUCGGGCCUAACGGUGCUAUUGUAACUAGUUUGAACCUCUUCAGUACGAAAAUCGAUCAGGUUAUAAAACUUGUGGAAAAUAAGCGAGACGCCCACGAUUAUUGUAUAGUAGACACACCGGGACAAAUUGAAUGCUUCGUUUGGAGUGCAUCGGGGUCCAUCAUCACGGAGUCUUUUGCUUCUAGUUUUCCUACGGUCAUAGCAUAUAUCGUCGAUACGCCGAGAAAUUCCUCGCCCACUACUUUCAUGAGCAAUAUGCUCUAUGCAUGCUCUAUCCUCUACAAGACCAAGCUGCCCAUGAUCGUAGUAUUCAAUAAGACAGAUGUAUGCAAGGCUGAUUUCGCCCGCGAGUGGAUGACAGAUUUUGAAGCUUUUCAAGAAGCACUUAGGUCGGAUCAGGACCUUAAUGGCGAGUCCGGCUUGGGAUCCGGCUAUAUGGGCUCGCUCGUGAACUCUAUGUCUUUAAUGCUCGAAGAGUUUUACUCGCAACUAGACAUAGUAGGCGUUUCGAGUUUCACCGGCGAUGGUUUUGACGAGUUUUUGACGGCUGUAGACAAAAAAGUAGACGAGUAUGAGUCUUACUAUAAGACUGAAAGAGAAGCAAUACUCAAGCGUAAAGAAGAGGAAGAAGCUACGAGGAAACAAAAAUCUUUAACUCACUUGAUGAAGGAUUUGGGACUAAAAGAAAACCAAGGUUCAUCAAGACAAAAGGAUCAAGAUGAUGAGGCUGAAGUGAUCAGUGACCUAGAAGAUGCAAACGAAAACGACGGAAUUGUAUUGAGGGACGAAGAUGAGGGUAUUGAGAGGGAAUACACUUUUGCUGGUGAUAGAACCAAUGGGGAAGUGAAUGGAAACACCGCUCCAGACUUACAGAAACGUUAUGAAGAAGCUCUUGAACAAGUCGCUAAAACGGCAAGCAGCGAGACCGCUGAAAACAUAGCGCGUUACAUCAGGCAAUGA